GCCUGGGCGAAAUGAAGUGGGUAAUAUGAUGGCGCAUCCUUAAUGCCAUGGCUCUCGGUCUUUGGAUUAUUCAGCCCUAGUUUUGUCGGCGAAACGACACGAAAUGGCGGAGAGGUUAGAGUGGGUGGAAAUUGUCGAGCCACGCACACGUGAGCGGAUGUAUGCUAACCUACUGACAGGAGAGUGUGUAUGGGAUGCACCGGCAGGGGUCCGUAUCAAACCCAGCGGAGAGGAUCAGUGGUGGGAACUGUUUGACCCUAAAACCUCUCGUUUCUACUACUAUAGUGCUGCUACACAGCGCACUGUUUGGCAUCGUCCCAAGUCCUGCGACAUCAUUCCGCUUGCCAAACUGCAGACCCUCAAACAGAACACGGACACAACCUCACAGUGUGUUGCGGUGACAGCACACUCAAGCCCUGCACACAGUGUGGUUAACUCCUCCUCACCUGAACAAGACAAAGAGGAAGAGGUUGAAAGGUUCAGAAUGCUGAUCAAAGUGUCAGAUCGGGAGCCCAGCUAUUUGUCUGAGGGGAAUGGGUUCUCAGGCUCCUGUACCCUUCCACAUCUCUGUCCUGAUAGUACUUCUCCUGAGCCUCAGGCCUCACCUGUCCUCCAUCCCGAUUGCAACUCGCAGUCUCCCUACUUGAGGAGAACAGAGUUGAGCAUACAGAGGCACUCAUCUGGGGAAUCACAACCACCCUCCCCCAGAUAUACCUAUGAGCCCCCUCUGUAUGAGGAACCGCCCACCGAAUAUCAGGCACCUCCUAUUUAUGAAGAACCUCCUACUGAUAUGCAUCGUGACUCCUCCCAUUACAGCUCUGAUAUGUCUCCAGCAAGGAAGCCCACCAUUAGCUACCACUCACCUAAACAGAGCCACUCCCCCUACAGCCAGCUGGUGCUAACCCGGCAGAAACCGGCCAGUCAGCAAAACAAUUCCAACUUAGAAUUUCAAGACUACUGCCAUAGUGGGCCUGACUGCGGCGCUGGGCGACAAGGUUACGCCUCUACUGAGCAAAGCUGUAGUUCUAGUGGGCGGGAGUACAGCGCAGCCGGGCGAGAGUAUGUUAAGCAGCUAGUUUAUGUGGAACAAUCUGGCUUCAGGACUGCGGAGCAUAUGGCAUGCUUUAACAACAUGGCCAACGUGUCAGCGACAGCGCCCUUUAGUGGCUCCUUCACACUGCAGCAUCCUGCGGUGGGGGGAAAGCGCAAGCACAAGUCAUAUAAGCCUUCGCUGGAGGGUGGGAUUUUAUCCCAGGAAAAUGCUGAGUCUGCUUUGCUAAAGGCACAAUUGGCACAGGAGGCACAACAGGCUCUGAAACUUCGUAUGAGGUGGGACCAAGGCGGUGGAGCUUCGUUACAGCAUAGCAGGGCCAAGGAUGGCUAUGAAAGUGAUGGGGCUAUGCCCCUUCCCUUCCCAGGUCCUGUUGUGCGAGCGCUCAGUGAAGAUGAAGCACUGGCUCAGAGUGACAGUCACUGGAGGAGGAAUACUCAAACCCUUGAUAGACUGGCCUUCACACACAGUCUGCUCGAGAAAAGUCAGUCUGUGCAGACCAACUUGGCUUCACCCGAACCUUCGCUUCACCCAUCCCAGUCAGAGGAUUUGGGAGCAUGUUUUCAGUUUGAGAAUGUGCGGAAUGCCCGAAAUAUGAUGGCAAGUUCCAGUUGUGGCGUUUUCCCAAAUUUUUCUCUAAGAAAGCCCUCCUCUGAGACUGAUAUUGAAAACUGGGCAUCCAAACAUUUUAAUACACACACGCAGGGCUUGUUUCGAAGAAAGGUGUCAAUCGCUAAUAUGCUGGCUUGGAGCAGUGAGGCCAUUAAGAAGCCCAUGAUUAUGACAUCAGAUAGGAUAAUCAAACGAGAAGCAGUUGAUCUCUUCAAACUCAUCCAGACCUAUAUGGGAGAUCGCCGAGGGAAGGCAGAACCAUUGGCUGUUGCUCUGGAGAUUGUGGUGAGGGGGUGGAGCUUACAAGGUCUGCGGGAUGAGUUGUUCAUCCAAUUGUGUCGUCAAACAACUGAAAACUUUCGCUAUGACAGCCUAGAGAGGGGCUGGGAGCUAAUGGCUAUCUGUCUGGCUUUCUUUCCUCCUACACCCCGAUUUCACUCUUACUUGGAGGGGUACAUAUACAGACACAUGGACCCUCUUAACGACAACAAAGGUGUGGCCAUCAGCAGUUAUGCUAAAUAUUGUUAUCGGAGACUCCAGAAGGCUGCUUUGUUGGGUGCUAAAAAGGGUUUGAAUAAACCCUGUUUGGAAGAAAUCAUUCAUGCACGGAAUGCCAUAUUCAACCCUUCCAUGUUUGGUUCCUGUUUAGAGGAAAUUAUGUCACUACAGAAGGAACGAUACCCUGACAAACAGUUGCCAUGGAUACAGACACGCCUGUCUGAGGAAGUACUUGCACUCAAUGGAGAUCAGACUGAAGGAAUCUUUAGAGUCCCUGGUGAUAUUGAUGAGGUGAAUGAUUUAAAAAUUCAAAUCGAUCAAUGGAAAGUCCCCACUGGCCUUGAGGAUCCUCAUAUUCCAGCAUCUCUUUUGAAGUUAUGGUAUAGGGAACUGGAGGAACCUGUGAUUCCACAUGCAUAUUAUGAGGAGUGUAUAUCUCACUGCGACUCUCCUGAAGCUGCUGUGAAUGUGGCACUCAGCCUGCCACAUAUCAACAAACUUGUUCUCUGCUACCUCAUCCGCUUCUUGCAGGUCUUUGCCCAACCCUCUAACGUCAGUGUAACUAAAAUGGAUGUGAAUAAUCUAGCAAUGGUGAUGGCCCCAAAUGUUCUACGCUGCAUGUCAGAUGAACCACGGAUUAUCUUUGAGAACACUCGGAAGGAGAUGAGCUUCAUGCGUGUCCUUAUACAACACCUGAAUACUAGUUUCAUGGAGGGAGUGCUAUAA